GGCAAGGGGCGUAGGCAGCGGCUCAUGCGUGCAGGCGGGUACCGCUCUUCCUAGGCAGUAUGGCGGAUACGGCGCCUCAACUCAAGAGAAAGCGCGAACCGGAGGCAGAGGAGGCAGAAACCCCCAACACCGAGGAGAAGGAAGCAGGCGUUGGCAAUGGUACCUCUGCCCCUGUCCGCUUACCGUUCUCCGGCUUUAGAGUACAAAAAGUGCUGAGGGAGUCUGCGCGGGACAAAAUUAUUUUCCUGCAUGGGAAGGUGAAUGAGGACUCUGGGGACACACAUGGAGAGGAUGCUGUUGUGAUCCUGGAGAAGACUCCGUUUCAGGUCGAACACGUGGCGCAGCUCCUGUCGGGGAGCCCUGAGCUCAAGCUUCAGUUCUCCAAUGAUGUUUACAGCACCUAUAACCUGUUUCCUCCAAGGCAUCUGAGUGAUGUCAAGACAACCGUGGUGUACCCUGCCACAGAGAAACACCUGCAGAAAUACAUGCGCCAGGACCUCCGCCUGAUCCGAGAGACUGGAGAGGACUACAGGAGCAUCACCUUACCCCAUCUGGAGUCUCAGAGCCUCAGCAUCCAGUGGGUAUAUAACAUUCUUGACAAGAAGGCUGAAGCUGACCGGAUUGUUUACGAGAACCCAGAUCUUUCUGAUGGCUUUGUCCUCAUUCCAGACCUCAAGUGGAACCAGCAGCAGCUUGAUGACCUGUACUUGAUUGCCAUUUGCCAUCGCCGGGGUAUCAGAUCACUUCGAGACCUCACUCCUGAGCACCUGCCACUGUUGAGGAACAUUCUCCGGGAAGGACAAGAAGCCAUCCUGAAGCGCUACCAGGUGACAGGAGACCGUCUGCGCGUGUACCUACACUACCUGCCCUCUUACUACCACCUGCACGUGCACUUUACUGCCCUGGGCUUCGAGGCCCCCGGCUCAGGUGUGGAGCGGGCACACCUGCUGGCUGAAGUGAUCGAGAACCUGGAGUGUGACCCCAAGCACUAUCAGCAGCGCACGCUUACGUUUGCCCUCAGGAUGGAUGACCCGCUGCUCCAGCUCCUGCAGAAGACCCAGCAAACCUGAGUCGCUGAAGAGAGGGGAACAAGUGGGCCAGGCCUGGGGUAAUGUGGCCUUGGUCUUUAUCUCUGAGGGAUUUUCCUAAACUGUAUUUUGUAGUUGUGUGGCCUUUCAGCAAAGGUCAAGAGUAAGAUGUGUUUUGUACUGGUUUACUCCUCACAUGAGAAUAAACUACUUUCUUAUUGGUGAGAACUAAUGGUGUAGCCUGGUGGGGUGGUAGGGAAAAUGACAAGUGGUAGGGAAGGUGAGUGGGCAGAUCUGCUGAGGAC